CUCCCCAGGAAAUGUUCCAUGGCAGUUAAGGGCCUUGCCCUGAUGGAUGGGGUGGGGGCCUUCUUAUGGAUCAGGAACUCAGGGGCCUGAUAAGAGGCCCUCCAUUCUUUCCGGGGCCCUGGGCCCUGUGGUGGCAACUUGUCUGUCUGAUGAAAGUGUUCAGAAGAUGGACCAACCCCGCAUGGCGAGGGAAGGAGAAACUGGGGCGCAAGGGGAGAGAUGGAGGGCUCCAGACAGGGUCAGGGCACUCUGGAGGUCAGAAGAAAGAGACCAGCAUCCGGGACUCGGAAGGGCAGAGAGGACUGGGAAUCAGGAUGUGAUGGUGGUGAGCAUGAGACAAAACGCAGGGGUCCAGAUGGAGACCCCGUUGACCAGAUAUAACAGUCAGAUCCGCCGGAACUCUCGGCUGCCCUUUCAGUGGCGAAUCACACACAGCUCCCGCUGGAUGGCACAGGUGCUGGCCUCGGAGCUCAGCCUCAUAGCCUUCCUCCUGCUGCUGGCCAUGGUCUUCUCCAGGAGGUGGCUACACCCCUCCGGGAGCCGCUUCCAUCAGCGCUGGCCGGCGAACGUCAGCAAACGAAUCCACACUUCAAUCCAUGUCAUGUCCAGGGGGCUCCUGCAGGCUUGCAAGCCCUGGAGCUGUUCCAGCUCAGAACACGAGAAAGACAGUUCCAAGCUGUGGACAAACCAGCCGCCCUUUGUGGUGGCCAGGAUCAUCUUCACCCUGGCCGUGGGGGUGGGCUUCGUCCUCACCAUCUGGUUGCACCUGCCCUACCUGCCCCGUUUUCAGAGAGUACCCGCCUUUGGCUUGAUUGGGAUCAUCUUGAGCGUCAGUGAAGUCACCUUCAUUUUCUCCAUCCUCAUGUUGUUCCCUGUCAACCUCUGGCUCUUGGAGUUGAGGAAGAAUUUCUCCGUCCCCAUCGGCUGGAGCUAUUUCCUUGGUUGGCUGGUGUUUGUCCUGUACAUCGUCUGUGCGGUCCUUUGUUACUUCAACCAUAAGAGUUUCUGGAGACUGAUUCUGACCCACUCUUCUGCCACCGUGUCCUGCUGCAGCAGCUCCAGCUCAGAGGAAUCUCUGAGCCAGUCGAACAUCUCCAACACCGCUAGCAACCACGAGGAAUUCCUGAAUUCCCAGUAAAGGGAUACACGGCUGCCAUCAAGCUCCGCCCAUUCACCUGCCUCCCUCUUCUCCUCCCCGCCCCCAGGGCACUGGGGAGAUCGGCCGCCAUCUUUGGAGGGAGUGAGAAGGGGUGGCCUGGGGCCAGCCUUGCACUUAGCUUGGGUGCUGUGGAAUAAAUUGUUCGUCUCUUCUU